AGAGCGAACAGCCAGGAGCUGUCCAAGUGAAACUACCUUUCUCUGUCCUUAAUUUGAUUUACUAUUUUAUUUUUUCAUCCUUUCCUUGACUUAACUUUCACUGCGGGUCUGUGAAGAUGAAUAUCCCAAACUGCGCCAGGUGUGGGUUCGUGGUUUACCCGGCUGAGAAGAUCAACUGCAUUGAUCAGAACUGGCAUAAGGCAUGCUUUCACUGCGAGGUCUGCAAGAUGGUUCUCACAGCAAACAACUUUGUCAGCCACCAGAAGAGACCAUAUUGCCAAGUCCACAACCCUCGGAAUAACACGUUCACCAGUGUCUACGAGACUCCCAUCAAUAUCAACGCUAAGAAGCAGACUAAGGCUGUCAGCGAGAUCAAAUACAGAGAGGAGGGAGAGAGGUACAUGUCCACUUUCCACUACGAUAUGAGAUCAAAGGAGGUGGAGCACGCCCGCAGGGUCAACCAGCUGGCCAGUCAGAAAGCGUACCAGGCGGAGUACGAGGAGCAGAAAGGCUGGUACUCCGGGUCCGUCAGCAGCCAGGAGAUCGUGCAUGUGACCCAGGCACAGAAAACCAUCAGUGACGUGGAGUACAAGCAGGGGCAUGAGGAGAGGGUGACGCAGUUCACGUCGGUGUCGGAGACCCCUGAGAUUUUGCAUGCCAAGACUGCCAGCUCACUCGCCAGUGAUGUGAAAUAUACAGAGGAGUACGAACAGAUGAAAGGGAAAGGCAGCUUUCCAGCCAUGAUCACACCAGGCUACCAGGUCGCCAAGAAAGCCAACACCCUAGCCAGCAACGUGGAGUACAAACGGGGUCACGAGGAGAGGGUGUCCAAGUUCACCUGCGUGGCGGACACGCCUGAGGUGCUGCAGGCGAAAUCGGGGGGGCAGCUGGCCAGCGACUAUUUCUACACUGAAGAGUAUGAGCAGCAGAGGGGGAAGGGUAGUUUUCCUGCCCAUGUCACUCCGGGGUACCAGGUGGCCAAGAAAGCCACUGAGAUGGCCAGUGAUGUGAAGUAUCAUGAGAGGUAUGAGAAGGAGAUCAAAGGAAAAGCAUGUUCUGAAGCCAUGGAACUCACUCAGGAGAAUGAUGAGAGCAUCAGCCAGCAGAUGUACUCAGAGGAGUGCGAGCAGCCGAGGGGGAAAGGCAGCUUCCCCGCAAUGAUCACCCCUGCGUAUCAGCUGGCCAAGAAGGCCCAUGACCUGGCCAGUGACCUGAAAUACAAGAAAGACCUGUCCAAGAUGAAGGGCUCCGCCCACUAUCACACCCUGACCACCGAGGACAACCUUGCUCUCAAGAGUGCCCGCAAGAUCAACAAGCUCGUCAGUGAGGUCGAGUACAAGAAGGAUCUGGAAAACACCAAGGGCCACAGCAUCAAUUACUGCGAGACGCCGCAGUUUAAGACCUCCACUAAGGUCUCCCAGUUUACCAGUGAUAACAAGUAUAAGGAGAAGUACACAAACCACAUGAAGGGGCACUACGAAGGCUCUGGCAUGGAUAAGAAGACCAUGCACGCGAUGAAAGCCCGAAAGCUGGCCAGCAACAUUGCCUACAAAUCUGACUACGAGCAGGAGAAGAGUGAGCAGGGCGAGUACAAUUACCCCGCCACCCUCACCCCGUCCUACCAAACCCAGAGGAAACUGGAGCCCCUCAAGGACGUUAACUACAGACAGCACAUUGACAAGCUGAAGUUCAGCUCAGUGACUGACACCCCUGACAUCGUCCAGGCCAGAAUCAACGCUCAACAACUUAGCGAUCUGAACUAUCGGGCGGACUAUGAGAAGACCAAGACCCAGUACACGCUGUCACAGGACCUGCCACAGCUCAAGAAGGCCAAGGCCAACGCAGAGCUCUUCAGCGAUAUCAAAUACAAAGAGGACUGGGAGAAGACCAAGUCCAAGGCCUGCGACAUCGGGGUGGACACGCUGACUGUCAAAGCAGCCAAAGCAUCCAGGGAUCUGGCCAGUGAUAUCAAGUACAAGGAGUCCUUCAUGAAGACCAAAGACAAGGCUGUGGGGGUCAACGUGAGCGACUCCAAAACGCUGCACUCCCUGCAGGUGGCCAAGCUCAACAGCGAGAUUGAGUAUAAGAAGGGCUCUAAGGAGACACAGGCCCAGUGCCACCUGCCGUUGGACAUUUUGAACCUGAGCCAUGCUAAGAAGGCCCAGGCCCUGGCAAGCGACCUGGAGUACAGGAAGAAGCUUCACGACUACACCGUCCUGCCCGACGACAUCAAGGUCCAGCAGGCCAAGAAGGCCUACAACCUGCAGAGCGAGCACUUGUACAGGUCUGAUCUCACCUGGAUGAAAGGCGUUGGCUGGGAGGCUGAUGGGUGUCUGGACAUGACCCAGGCCAAGAAGGCGGGUGAUCUCCUGAGCGAGAAAAAGUACAGACAGAAGGUGGACGGCGUGAAGUUCACUCAGGUGGCUGACACGCUCUCCAUCAAACAUGCCAAGAAGAGCCAGGAGCUUCAGAGCGGGGUGGCAUACAAGGCUGGCACUGAGCAGAUGAUACACCAGUACACCAUGAGCAAAGACGAGCCGCUCUUCAAACAGGCAAAGGCCAACGCCGACCUGCUGAGUGAGAAAGUAUACCGGAGUGGCUGGGAGAAACAGAGAGACAAGGGCUUUGAGCUGCGCUUGGACUCUCUCUCAAUUCUCACUGCCAAAGCCAAGAGGGAUUUAGCCAGUGAUGUGAAGUACAAAGAGCAGUAUGAGAAAACGAAGGGCAAGAUGAUCGGGGUGAAGACGGUGACAGAGGACUCCCAGCUGGCCCACUCCACCCAGGCCAUGCGCCUCUUCAGCGACCGUGAGUACAAGAAGGGCUACGAGGACACCAAGACCAAGCACUGUGCCUCUCUGGACAUGCUGACGCUCGCCCACGCCAAGAAGGCUCAGGACCUGGCAACCGACACCAACUACAAGACCUUCCUGCACCACUACACCUGCUUGCCCAGCGACAUGAAGGUGGAGUGGGCCAAGAAGGCCUACGGCCUGCAGAGCGAGAAAACAUACAGGUCUGAUCUGAAUUGGAUGAAGGGUGUGGGCUGGGUGACUGUGGGAUCUCUUGAUGUGGAACAGGCCAAGAAGGCUAGAGACCUCGUCAGUGAGAAAAAGUACCGUCAGCAGGCGUGUAAUCUGAAGUUCACCAGUGUGGAGGACACUCCAGAGAUGGUCCAGGCCAAGAUCAGCAACAAGCAGGCCAUAGAUAGGCUGUACAGGGAACAGGGCGAGAGCCUGAAGCACAGCUACACACUGUCAGGUGACCUGCCUGAGCACGUGCAGGCCAAGAUCAACGCCAUGAACAUCAGUGAGACGCAUUACAAGGAGUCCUGGAAUAGGCUUCGGGAUUCGGGGUACAAACUGCGCUUGGACGCCAUUCCUUUCCAGGCUGCGAAGGCCUCAGGAGAGAUCCUCAGUGAUCACAAGUACAAAGAGCAGUUUGAGAAGACAAAGGGCCGCAUGAUUGGACUGAAGGCGCUGCAGGACGAUAUCAACAUUGUUCACUCGGUCCACGCCACCCAGCUGCAGAGCGAUAUCAAAUACAAGAAGGACUCGGAGAAGGUGCUGUCACAGUUCCACUUGCCCAUGGACAUGCUGGAGGUGACACAUGCCAAGAAGGCCCAGGCCCUGAUCAGCGACCAGGACUAUAAGGACAUCCUGCACAGCUACACCGCCCUGCCCGACGACCUGAAGGUGCAGGCGGCCAAGAGAGCCUACGAGCUGCAGAGCGAGAAACUCUACAGGUCUGACCUGAACUUCCUGAGGGGUGUGGCCUGGAUCAGUACCGGUGCGGUGCAGAUCGAGGGGUCCAAACGGGCCACUGAGCUCAUCAGCGAGAAGAAGUACCGGCAGCAGCCUUACUCCCUCAAACACACAUCCGUGGCUGACUCUCCUGACAUCGUCCACGCCAAAUUUAGCAACAAGAUCUCCAAUGAGCGCCUGUACAAAGAGGCGGGUGUGAACGCCAAGCACAAUUACACCAUCACAGCGGAGCGGCCAGAGCUCACUCAGGCCAAGAUCAACGCGGCCAACUUCAGUGAGAUCAAGUACAGAGAGUCCUGGCACAAUUUACGGGCGCAGGGCUACAAGCUGACAAUGCAGGACAUCCCGUUCCAGGCUGCCAAAACAUCGGGGGGCAUUGCCAGCGAUUACCAGUACAAGCACAACUUCGUGCAGGAGCGGGGGAAGCACAUCGGUGCGCGCAGCAUCCUGGACGACCCGCGGCUGCUGCACUGCAGGCAGGUGGGGAAGCUGCAGAGCGAGCAGGAGUACAGGAAGGACCUGCGCUCCGCCGGCGGCCGCUACCACCUGACCGCCGACGGCGUAGACCUGCUGCACGCCAAGAGGGCCCAGGCGCUGGCCAGCGGCCAGGACUACCGCACCCACCUGCACUCCUACACCGUGCUGCCCGACGACAUGAAGGUGCAGUGGGCCCGCAAGGCCUACGACCUGCAGAGCGAGAAACUCUAUAAGUCGGAUCUGAACUUCAUGAAAGGUGUGGCCUGGAUGACUGUAGGAGCGCCCCAACUGGAGUCAGCCAAAAAAGCAGGAGAGCUGAUCAGCGACAAGAAGUAUCGGCAGCUGCCUGACAGCAUGAAGUUCACCUCUGUGGCUGAUUCCCCCGACAUCGUCCAUGCCAAGAACAGCUACCUGCAGUGCAACGAGAGGCUGUAUAAGUCUGGAGACUCUGAGGCCAUGCACCAUUACACCCUGCCAGCCGACCACCCAGACUUCAUCAGAGCCCGCAUGAAUGCCCAGCACAUCAGCGAUAAAGUUUACAAGACAUCGGGCGAGCAGGUGAGAUCGGCCGGGUAUGACCUGAAGCUGGACGCCAUUCCCUUCCAGACGGCCAAAGCCUCCAGAGAAAUCGCCAGCGAUUUCCGAUACAAGGAGGCGUUUGUGAAGGAGAAGGGUCACCAGGUCGGGCUCCGCAGCGUGGAGGACGACCCCAGGAUGAGACACUCUCUGGCGGUGAGCAAACUCCAGAGCAGCAACGAGUACAAGAAGCAGUUCCAGGAGACGCGGUCGCAGUACAAGAUCCACAGCGACCAGCCGCAGUUCCUGCACGCCAAGAAGAGCCAGGCGCAGGCCAGCGACCUGAACUACCGCCAGCACCUGCACCAGUACACCUGCGACCCUGAGCAGCUCAACGUCAAGCACGCCAAGCAGGCCUACAAGCUCCAGAGUGAUGUGAACUACAAAGCGGACCUGAACUGGAUCAGAGGGGUGGGCUGGACCCCACCAGGGUCCCAUAGGGUGGAGAUGGCCCGCCGUGCGGCAGAGCUGGGCUAUGCCGAGGGGCUGGACCCUGAUGCAGCCAUCGCCCAGUACCAGCAGAUGAUGCAGUCAGCACAACACGUGGAGGAGACCACAGAGGAGUUUCAGCAGCCAGGGGUGAACCCAGACGCCACAGAGAUCCUGCAUGUCAAACGCAAGAAGACCACUCGCACCAUCAAGAAGUCCACCAUGUAGAGCCCUGCCGUUCAGCCAAUCGCGUCUCAGUGGGCGGGCCUUAAAACAUCCUUUAACUGAUGCCGUCUGCAGGAGUUUUUUUUUUUUUAAUUAUUAUCAUUUUUAUAUUCAUGUAUAAUUAUUGUUUUGAACGACCUUUGCAUGGCAUCCCAAAAUGGGUGAGAUAAGUGUGCAGAGUGAAUAUCCGACAGGGUUUGAAAUAUUUCAGAACUCCUGCGCGGAUCGAAAGGUUUUAGGUUAUGAAUGCUUAAAGAAUGUUUGGUUUGAAUUAUGUAUAUGAUGCACGGGUGAAGGAACGCUGGAUGUUGCAAGAGGGAAGAGCAUUUGAGCAGAAAGGAUGGCCUGC